UCCUACAAUGUGUGAUCAAUGCGACCAAAUUGCCUCUUGCAAGGGGAAUUUAAAUAUACACAUUAAAGGCAAGCACAAUAUUACAAUUGAAUAUUCUUGUGAUUUCUGUGAUUAUAAAAGCUUGAGUAAAUAUAGUUAUUCUCAACAUAUACACAGACAUGAAAACCUCAAUCUAUGUGAUGAAUGCCCCUACACAGGGAAACGAAAGACUGAGUUGAAUUAUCACAAAAAAGUGAAACAUGAAGGAGUGAGAUAUCCCUGUGAUCUAUGCAACCAUAUGGCGCAAAAUAGGGUUCACUUGAAAAGACAUAAUGAAGAAGUUCACACAGGAAUUAAAUAUCCAUGUGACCUUUGUGAGUUUUCAGCUUCGAAUAAAGCAAAUUUAAAGGAGCAUAAGGCUUGCAAACAUGAAAAUGAAAGAUACCCUUGUGAUCAGUGUGGUCAUAUUUCGUCAACGUAAACAGCUCUAAGAAAGCAUAUAAAGAGCAAGCACGUUUAGUUGGUGCUUAUCUUACAACAUUACAGAAGAAAUUCGUGAAAAUAUUUUUUUAAGACGGCUUGAUUAAUCCGUCAUGGGAAAUUAAGAUCGCAAAAGAUUUGUUGGCCUAUAACAUGUUGCGAUUAACAUAUUAUUCUUUUCUAAAAUCGGAAAUGUUUUGUUUAAUGUUUCAGACAAAAAUGGGUUCGUCAGUUUCUGAUCGACUUAAACAUUUCUCAGAACUUGAGAGUAUAGAAGCAGUUUUAGAUGAUAAAAGAAUAUUGAAACGUAUAAUGAUUGAUAUUUUCAACCUGAGGAAUGGAAUGGAAGAUAACUUACUCCUAAUCCAACAAAUCAACCUGAUGAUACAGAAGGAAGGAGAGGAGCUGAAGGGGUUAAAUGAUGUUAUCCAUGCUGCCCAGCAACAUAUCGACUCCAUAUAUUCUAUUUUUAGACUGGGAGUAUCCUGGCUUAAAGAUGGUAUUGAUCUAAAUUUAAUUCAAGACAUUGAAAGCAGCGAAAAGAUGAAAACUGUAAAUGUUGAAGAUACUCCUGACAGUUUGGAUGAUUGUGAUGACGACACUUCUAACAGAAUGGAUGAUUGUGAUGAUGUAAAAAUAGAAAUGGAAGAGAAUACUGUUCCUGUAGAUCCUGCAGAGAUACUAAAACAUGACACCAAGGAGGAACAGGGGUUAGUUGAGGAUAAAUCAGAUAACCUGGCAAGUUGUAUUAGAAAAGAAAUGAAGAAUCUGAACGGAAAUAUUAAUUUUGAGAACGAAAGUGGGGUAUUCACCUGCAUUUUCUGUGAUUAUAAAACAGCCCGUAAAAGCUCUUUAAAAAAGCACAUUGUAGUGAAGCAUCAAGGUUUCCGAUAUCCAUGUGAUACAUGCGGGAAAUCAUUUGGUGAGGAAGGAAAUCUAAGAAGACACAUUAAGAACGUGCAUGAAGGUACAAGGUACUAUUGUGAUGUUUGCCAAUAUUCUGCUUCCAGUCAGAGUAACUUAAAAAUGCACCAGGAUGAGGUUCACAGAGGAAUAAAAUUUCUCUGUGAUAAAUGUGAUUAUGAAGCUGGGAACAAGCGUCUGCUGAGAAUACACAUGGAGAAUAAUCAUAUGGAUAUUAACUGUGAUCUGUGCAGCUAUAUAGCAUCUUCUAAAACCAACUACAAGACUCAUUUAGAAACCAUUCAUAAUACAAGACUGAAAACAAAAUUAAAACAGACUUCUGAACUUCAGUUUUCAUGUAAUUUAUGUGAAUAUGUGACACACAGUAAAGCUGGAUUGAAACUUCACAUUCAACGACAUGAAAGCCAAUUUUUAUGUGAUCAGUGCCCUUAUAUAGGAAAACUGAAGUCAGAAUUGAAUAACCACAGGAAAGUGAAACAUGAAGGAUUAAGGUUUCCGUGUGAUCUGUGCAAGCAUACUGCGCUUAGCAAGGUUCACUUAAAAACUCAUAAAGAAGCUGUUCAUAUAGGAAUCAAGUAUCCCUGUGACCUCUGUGAUUUUUCCGCCUCAAAUAAAGCAAAUUUGAAAGAGCACAAAGCCUGCAAGCAUGAUGAAACAAAAUAUCCAUGUGAUCAAUGUGGUCAUGUAGCAUCUUCACAAACUGGACUCAGAAAACAUAGAAGAAGUAAGCAUGAGCUUACAAACUAAUUAUGAAGAUUGUCUAACAUUUUAUGUUAAAAAGUACAUUUUUCUUUCAGAGGACCUAAACAUUACUGUCCAGAAAAAACCGGACAGAUCAUUAUUACUAUUGUUAUUAUUGUUAUUGUUAUUGUUAUAUUAGGUACUUUCCCAAAGGCUUUUUCCCAAGUGGCAACUUCCUAACUUUGUGAUUUCGCUAGCGCAAACUUCCUAG